AUGGAUCCUGCCUUAUUACGGGAACGUGAAGCAUUUAGAAAAAAGGCACUCGCGACACCAAGUGUUGAAUUUAAAAAGAAAAAAGAUGAAUCUCCUUAUAAAGAUGAUACCAAAAAGAAAUCAAAAUCAUCUGUGUCUUCAGUUAGCUCCGCGCCAAAACUCGAUGCAACUAACUACAAAACAAUGGCAGGAAGCUCUUCAUACAGAUUUGGAGUACUCGCUAGAAUUGUUAGACAUAUGAAAGCUCGGCACCAAGAGGGUGAUGACCACCCACUCUCUCUAGAUGAGAUUUUAGAUGAAACUAACCAAUUAGAUGUAGGAAGUAAGAUAAAACAGUGGCUACAGACUGAAGCGCUACAGAACAAUCCAAAAAUUGAAUGUAGUCAAGAUGGAAAAUAUAUAUUUAAACCUGUAUACAAAAUUAAGGAUAAGAAAUCAUUAUUAAGGUUACUAAAGCAACAGGAUCUCAAAGGACUUGGUGGGAUAUUUUUGGAAGAUGUACAAGAAUCCUUACCUCAUUGUGAAAGAGCUUUAAAGCAUUUAGCUCAAGAAAUUUUGUACAUAACUCGACCAACAGACAAGAAAAAAAUAUUGUUUUAUAAUGACAAAACAGCAAAUUUUGAUGUUGAUGAAGAAUUUGUUAAACUAUGGCGGGCUACUGCUGUAGACGCCAUGGAUGAUGCAAAAAUUGAAGAGUAUCUAGAAAAACAGGGUAUUAAAUCAAUGCAAGAUCAUGGACCCAGAAAGCCAAUUGUACCCAAGAGGAAAAAAGUUACACAGAAAAGGCGGCAGUUCAAAAAGCCCAGAGAUAAUGAACAUUUGGCAGAUGUACUGGAAACUUAUGAUGACAAUACUUUAACUCAAAAAGGGGUUGCAAUUAAGUAG